CAUCUAUUGUCCGUGAUCGAUCUGUCAGGUCAUUGUCAUUUGUUGUCUGUCAUAAUCGUGAGUUUGCAUUACCCAGGAAUUAUUUCGAAGUUAGAAAGUUUGUUUCGUUGUUUAUUUCCAGUUAAAUAAAUUUUGUAAAAAUGUCGACGAACGGCGAUAUCACUAGUCUUGAUGCCAGCGGCAAAAUAGUUAAAAUGGAAGUGGACUACAGUGCCACCUGUGAUGAAAAGAUACCACUCUGGAAAUCAUGGGCAUCCAAAGGAAAAGUUCAAGAAGCCAUUGACCAGCUUUUGGCUCUAGAAAAACAAACAAGAACGGGUGCUGACAUGGCUUCAACAGCCAGGAUCUUAGUGGCUAUUGUGCAGAUUUGUUAUGAAGCCAAAAAUUGGUCUGCACUCAAUGAUCAAGUAGUUCUCCUGUCUAAAAGGAGAUCACAACUGAAACAAGCUGUAGUGAAAAUGGUUCAAGAAUGCUGCACUUACGUAGACAAGACACCAGAUAAGGAAACAAAGAUAAAACUUAUUGAAACUUUGAGGUCUAUUACUGAGGGUAAAAUUUAUGUUGAAGUUGAAAGGGCCAGGCUUACACACAUCCUGGCUAAGAUCAGAGAAGAAGAAGGUAAUGCAGCGGAAGCCGCUAAGAUCAUUCAGGAGCUCCAGGUUGAGACAUACGGUUCCAUGGAUAAACGCGAGAAGGUGGAACUGAUUUUGGAACAAAUGAGGCUGUGCCUUAACAUCAAGGAUUAUAUUCGCACACAAAUCAUCUCAAAGAAGAUCAACACUAAAUUCUUUGAGGAGGAAGAUACUGCGGAACUGAAAGAGAAGUUCUACCGCCUAAUGAUAGCAGUUGACCAACACAACGGCCAGUACCUGUCCGUCUGUCGUCACUUCCGCGCACUCGGUCAAGCGGCCGGAUCUGACGCGCUCGUUGGUAGCGUCGUGUUCCUGAUCUUAGCUCCUUAUGACAAUGAACAGGCUGACCUUACUCAUAGGGUUAAUGAGGACAAAGACUUGGAUAAACUGCCUGACUACAAACAACUGUUAGGUCUCUUCAUCAACCCAGAAAUCAUCAGAUGGAACACUCUAUGCACCACUUACGAGAAGAUGCUCCGCGGCACGCCGUACUUCGACGCGGCCGAUGAGAAGGGACAGGAGCGCUGGAACGACCUUAAGAACAGGGUUGUUGAACAUAAUAUCCGUAUAAUGUCAAUGUACUACACUCGCAUUACACUGAAGCGUAUGAGCGAGCUGCUUGGCUUGAGCGAGACGGAGACGGAAGAGGCUCUCAGUCAGCUCGUUGUUAGCGGCGUGGUUCGCGCUAAGAUCGACCGACCGGCUGGUGUUGUGCAUUUCAGCUUGAACAUGGACGCGUCAGACCGCCUCAACGAAUGGUCGAACAACCUCAACACGUUGAUGCAGCUUGUCAACAAGACGACGCAUCUCAUCAACAAAGAAGAAUGCGUGCAUAAACACCUCCUUGCAACGGCUGAAUAGAUAAUAGACAAGAUACAUUUUUUUCACAGUCAACGUAUUUCAAAAUAUUUCCAGACUACAAAGUGUAUUAAAGUUCAUUUCACUGUGUGAAAAUGAUUAUAGGUCCUUGUAGUACAAUAUUUUGUUUUGUAUUGAUGUCAAGAGAUAGUUGACGGUCACUUCGUAAACGUUAAUCUGAAACCUAAUGUAAUAAUUAUUGCGCAUUUUAUUUUAAAGAUGUUUACUUUUAAAUAAGUUUGGAAUAAAUACUUAACUCUA